AAGAAGAAAAAAAUUCACUUUCUUAUUGAACUUUCCCUGAAAAAGAAAAUCAAAUCAAUAGAAUUGUUGAAAUUUCAGUUUAAUCAUCAUCAGAGAGAGAGAGAGAAAGUUUUUCUUUUUCUUAAUUUGUGUUCGAAGGAUAAAAAAAUCAAUUCAAUUGAAGAAAAAUUAUUUUCGAUUCAUAACUUUGUUUACUUUUGUUUAUUGUUUCCAAUGUCGAGUGAAACUUUGUUCAAGUUAAUUGUUUGUCUUUCGUUCAUCUUAAUAUCCGUUUCUGGGAAUUGUACAAAACCUUUCCAAGGUUUCGGUGUUUUCUUGGGCCAAGCGAAAGCGUUCAAUAUCUCUUCGCCCUCCGUUCGAGAAGAUGUUCUAAAAUCUUUGUACCAUGAUCUUGGAAUUCGUUUACUCCGUUCGGAAUAUCCUCCAACCUUCAGUCCUUCAAGUGGAAAUUAUAAAAUCUCUUGUGUUGACCAAGCGACUUGCACUUGGAUAACAAUGGCCAAUCUUUUAUCUUCCUAUCCGGACUUUGAGAUGUUCAUUUCAGUUUGGACACCACCAAAUUACAUGAUGACCAAUGCAUCAAUCUUGAAACGUGAAUUUGAAACUGAAUAUAUUAACUAUUUGGGUAAUAUAACCUCAAUUGCGGAAUCGGAUUACAAUUUAACCAUCAGCCGAGUUUCGUUUGUCAAUGAACCAGAAUAUUUUGAUGCACCUUGGGCUCAUUGUUUCAUGUUACCAGAUCAAGUUUGCCGAUUGGCUCGAUCGAUGUCCGAUAAACGAAUGCAAGUUUGUCCCGAAACUGCCUACUUUUGGAUGGCUAAAUCGUAUCUAGUUGAAGGUCAAUGUAAUGGUGCUUGUUCAGUUGUGGCCACUCAUGGUUCGCCUUGGAUUAGAGGGUCACCCAUUUCGGGUGGACCUCAACUUAGAGUUCAUUAUGAUGUUGAUAUUAACGAUAAUGAUUUAGAUCAACCAGUUUGGAUAACAGAAAUGGCCUCAACAUUAACCGAAACAGAGAUACCCAAUCAGAUGGACUUUGCUUUUGACCUUGCGACCUCUUUGGUUAACUUUGUAGGGUCAACUUGUGUUGAAAGGGUUUACCAUUGGUUAGCAUAUACCCAAACUCCAUCAGGAGAGUCACUAAUCUGGUCAAAUAAUGGUACUAGUUUAGUUAAGCCCAAAAAAUAUUUCGCUUUCCGUCAUUUCACCCGAUCCUCUGCUCCAGGUAACCGAAAAGUGUCAACCUGUUCAACCAGGAGCUACACUUGCCUUGCAUUUGACAAUCAAUUGGUUUACAUUAAUAAGAGACGACGAUCAGUUAAAUUGGACAGUAAACGUCCACUUCCUGAGGCCAUUUGUUGCACGGAACCCGAAACGGAUCAUAAAUGUUACCAAAAGCCAAUCGAGUUACCACCGAAAUCCAUCUGUUCAACGGCAACAGUUUCCACAGUUAAUCAAACACAAUAAUCUAAAUCCAAGAUUUAAACAUAUUGCUAAUGUUUAAUUACUUUCAAGAUAAUCAUUAUAAUUGCAACUAAUUAAAUCUAAAAUCUUAAUAAUACAAAAUUGCAAUCAAAUCUUGAUUAACGCCAGAGAUUCAGUCAAGUGAAACUGAAAAAAAAUCAACAAACUCAAGAUUUACAUUUGAUUUACUUUGAAAAAUAAAAAAAAUAAAGAUCUUAAUCAGUUAAUUACCUAAGGAGAUAAUCUAAGAAAAUGAUCUACUAAUUUAGUUACAGUUAAUUGUUUAAUCACUGAUUGAUUAUCUAUAGACGCCCAUGAAAAAUAAAUUGUAUUGAUAAUUUACUUAAUACCUGAAGAUAUCAAAGGUUAUUAGAAAAGAAUUGAUUAAAUUCAAUUGUGAUUAGUGAUUUAAUUGUUAAUAUUUGUGAUUAAAUUGCACCUAAAUUGAUCGACCACAAAUCAAUUAUAUUAAUCAUAAUCAUUAGUAGACAAUUGGAUUGAAACAUUUCAGGUCAUUUUCGGGUCAAAUUAACUAUUUAUUAAUAACACUGAAUGUUAUUAAUAUUGAAACCUAAUUGUGAUUGAAACAUUUUCUGACCCUGAGACAAUUAACAUUGAUUAGAAUAACAAUCAAUAUCAAUUCAUUUAAUGACAAUUUAUUUUCAUCUUGAUCAACAUGAUUCCAAACGAGGUUGAUUGUUAUUGAACCAGAAACCAAAUGAUUAGAUUGUUGAUGAUAAUAU